AGCGCGAUGGGUGUGCGGCGGUUGCUGCUGCUGCUCGCGUGGGGCCGGGCUGGCUGCUGCUGGCAGCCCACGGCGUGUCCCCACAACGACUCUUGGCCCUGCGUGCCCAAGUGCUGCCACAUGGGCAGCGCGCUCGACCACUCUUCCGGCGCCUGUCUGCCCUCCAGCGUGCCGUUCGACCCCAUCUUCGCCGGAGGACCCGACCCGGGGCCCAACUGCCUAAGGUGUAACCUCAUCGUUGGAGAACCUUGCCCAGACAAGUACAUGCUGGACGUGGACGACGAGUACCAGCUGUUCGCGAACGGCUCGCUGCGGCUGUGGGACGGCGAGUGGCUGGGGCCGGACGACUUCUGCGUGGACGCCUACUGGUCGCAGCUGCGCCAGCUGCCGGUGGCGCUGCCACUGCUGUGCUACGCGGGCGGCGCGCCCGACAGCGCCGGGGAGCACGCCAUCCGCUACGUGCUGUACCCCCUCGGUAAGGGCGCAGGUCUGCUGGUGUCGGUGCCGUUCCUGGUGGCGACGGCGUGGGUGUACCUGCGCUUCCCGCAGCUGCGCGACCUGCACGGCCGGGCGCUGGCCAACCACGCGCUGUGCCUGGCCGCCGCCUACCUCAGCCUCUCCGUCACGCAGCUGGCCGGCCACCGCUUCUCCACUGGCGCCUGCAUCGCCUUCGCGUUCCUCAUCCAGUUCUCGUUCCUCGCCGCCUUCUGCUGGCUCACCAUCCUCGCUCUGGACACCACGUGGAAGGUGCUGAGCGUGACGGGGCGCCUCCCGUACCCCGAGGAGCGGCCGCGGCAGUGGCGCGCCUGGGCGGGCUACUCGGUGUUCGCGUGGCUGGCGCCAGCGCUCUGCCUCGUCGUGACGCUGCUGGCGGACAUCCAGCCCAGCGUGCCGCCCUCCUUCGUCAGGCCCAGCCUCGGAACCGCCAGCUGCUGGUUCAGCAAUAAAGACGCGGCUCUGCAAUACUUCUACGGGCCGAUCGGCCUGCUGUUCCUGCUGAACACCGGCCUGUUCGCCGUCAGCAUCUACCGCACGUGCACCUACCCGCCGGCCUUCAGGGACAGGUCGCCCACAGAGAGGGUGCGGAUGGUGGUGACGCUGUUCGUAUCGAUGGGCGUCAGCUGGACGAUGGAGCUGGUGUCGUGGGCGGUGGGGGGCCCGGUGUACGCGUGGCUGGUGCCCGACCUCAUCAACAUCCUGCAGGGCGCCAUCCUGUUCGUCAUCUUCGUGCUGGAGCCCAGCGUGAAGCGCGUCGUCUUCGCCGACAGCGACGCCAGGCGUCCGCGGCUGGUGCCCACCUCUCUGGAGUCCUCGCGGCUGCAGCCCGUCUGACCGGGCCUCGCGCUCUCCUGCAUUGGCUGGCCAGCACCUGUCCUAUACAGAGGGGCAGCCAGCUACAAGGCACUACAAGCUUCCAGCAUUUGGCUGGACUGAAAUAUCUUCGGCCACAUGAUACCAAGCCCUUCACCGUUCAGUCAGACAAAAUGUUGAUGCACUUCAGUAAGUAGUCUCAGUUCGAAAAUGAAACAGUGUUAGAAGAAGAAAGUAUGGAGUUAGCUUUCCAGCAUUCCGACAUGAGCGCUUCAGAGCAGUUCUGAAACUAUGGCACAGGAAAAUCUAGUAGUUAUUGAAAACACCACAGAGGUUCCGGUGAAAAAUCACGAACCAAAUUAAAAAUUCAGUGUGUAAAGCAUUGAACUAAUCUUAUCUCUCAGGAUGAAAACGAUUCCGUUUUACCGUGUUCAUUCGUCAUACUCAUCAGCUUUCUUCGUUAAGCAAAAGAUUCAUGACUGUGUAACAAGAUUGCAGUUUCAUGGAAAUGUGCGUUACUGAUUCCUGACUGUUUUUGGAGACGAAAUAUUUUUGUAAUUUACAGAGCUCUCAAAAACAAAAAGGCUUGGCUGGCAGAUUAACACUGUGUACCAGAGUGGAACUCGAACCUGCGACCUUUGCCAUUCACGGGCAAGUGCUCUACUGAAGUUGUAUUUCAUUUAAAUCAAGUCUACAAUCCAGUAAAUCACUUAUUUCUAUAGACCACAUCUAUAAACAGCUUUUAUGUUAUGACCUUCAAGGAGUUGAAGCAAUACUUCACUGAAAUAAUAAAAAUACUGAGAAAUUUAUCCCCCACUAACCAAUAGUCAAUACUCCGUCUUUAGACCACGAGUGGCCUACCGGGACCAUCCGACCGCCGUGUCAUCCUCAGAGGAGGAUGCGGAUAGGAGGGGCGUGGGGUCAGCACACCGCUCUCCCGGGCGUAAUGAUGGUAUUCUUGACCGAAGCCGCUACUAUUCGGUCGAGUAGCUCCCCAAUUGGCAUCACGAGGCUGAGUGCGACCGAAAAAUGGCAACAGCGCAUGGGGCUGGAUAGUCACCCAUCCAUGCGUCGGCCACGCCCAACAGCACUUAACUUCGGUGAUCUCACGGGAACCCGUGUAUCCAUUGCACCAAUAGUUAACAAGGUUUUCUCAAAUGGAUGGAUAAUGUACAGAUAAAAAUUUCUAAAAUGGUUAUCUGCGAAAAGUCACUAAUUGCUACUACUUCACAAACUAUUGUGGUAUUCGUGUGUCCCAUCACUUUUAUUUGUUAUUCUGAAGGUGAAAGGCGUAAGUGAUUAAAUGAGUGAUUCAGGAUCUCCACCUUCUGAGUUAUAUCUUGAGAUUCUUUUUUCAGUUUUUGGAGGCCACCACCUUGUUUUUCUUGUUCCUUAGUUCAAAAAAAUGUUCAAAUGUGUGUGAAAUCUCAUGGGACUUAACUGCUAAGGUCAUCAGUCCCUAAGCUUACACACUACUUAACCUAAAUUAUCCUAAGGACAAACACACACACCCAUGCCCGAGGGAGGACUCGAACCUGCUCCGGGACCAACCGCACGGUCUAUGACUGCAGCGCCCUUAGACUGCUCGGUUAAUCCCGCGUGCAGUUCCUUAGAGAUCCUGAUUUUUCAUUAAAGUUCUUUUGGACUAUCUUAUAUCGUAACCGUAGCUUCUGCCAUAGUUUUAACUUAUCCUACAAGCUUCUUGUCAAAUUAUAACGUUUUUCUGGGCUUACUCCUUUUUAUCAACUAAAUUCUCCCUCGAAGCUUUAAUUGUUGGCUAGUGUCGCACUUAAGUAUGAUUUAACCGUUACAUUACUCCUUUUUUAACACUUACUUCUUCAUUCAACUUUCCCUUCCCCUUUUUAGCUCCCCAUUUAUAAUUUCAUAAGUCAGUUUAUUUGUGUCCUAACUGCGUUUGCCAAAUGCGCACAGCUUUUUACAGAGGGAUUUCUUCUGUUGAAAUCAUUCACGUAUUCUAUGCUCUUCUUCCUUACCUGCUCAUUUGCCUGAUCAAGAGUCACAAUCCGCCCUCGCAGCUUUACUUCAGGCUGUACAUCUCUUAUCUUCCUUACUAGCACUGCUGGAAGGAAGGAUAUUGCGGAGAUAUUGCUUACCCAUAGGUUAGGGGAUUGUUUUCACUGCAGAAUGAAAAUUCAUUCUGGAAGCAAUCGUCAAGGCUGUGACUAAGCCACGUCUCCACAACAUACGAGGGGCGUGUAAAAAGUCCGUUUAAAAAUAAAAACUACUUACGUGUUUGGGGUAAACCUUUUUUAUUUUUCGACACAGUUUCCUUUUAGACUUGUACACACUGUUCUAAUUUGUUGAUCCCUUUCGAAUAAUAGGAAUUGUCCUGGCCUGCAAAUUAGCUAUUAGUUGCUGCAAUCACCUCCUCAUUUGAAUAAAAUCUUUGUCCCACCAGCCAUUUCUUCAAAUAGUAGUCUGAGGGAGCCAAGUCUGGAGAAUAGGGGGGGGGGGGGGGAUGUGAAACGAGUUGGAAUCCUGUUUCCAAUAAUUCUGCGAACACAACUGCUGAGGUGUGUGCUGGUGCAUUGUCGUGAUGGAAAAGGACAUUUUUGCGGUCCAGUCGCCGGCGUUUUUCUUGCAGUUCGGUUUUCAGAUGGUCCAAUAACGAUGAAUAAUAUGCACCUGUAAUAGUUUUACCCUUUUCCAGAUAGUCGAUGAGGAUUAUCCCUUGCGAAUACCAAAAGACAGUCGCCAUAACCUUUCUGGCCGAAGGAAUGGUCUUCGCCUUUUUUGGUGCAGAUUCUCCCUUGGUAACCCAUUAUUUAGAUUUCUGUUUGGUCUCAGGAGCAUAGUAAUGUAUCCAUGUUUCAUCCACAGUGACGAAACGACGCUUAAAGUCCUGCGGAUUCUCUCUGCACAGCUGCAAACCAUCCUUGCAACACUUCACAUGAUUCCAUUUUUGGUCAAGCGUGAGCAAUCAUUUAACCCAUCUUGCGGAUAGCUUUCUCACGUCCAAAUGUUUAUGCAAAAUAUUAUGUACCCGUUCAUUCGAGAUGCCACAGCACUAGCAGUCUCAUGCACCUUAACGUUCAGCAUCACUUGUGCCCAUAUGGCCACUCCGAAAAUUUUGAAACCACUUAUAAACUGUUCUAAUCGAAGGUGCAAAGUCACCAUAAUGUUUAUCAAGCUUCUCUUUAGUCUCCUGAGGCGUUUUGCCUCUCAUACAGUAAUGUUUAAUCACCACACGCAAUUCUUUUUUCGUCCAUUUUUUGACAAUCACUUGACAUCCUUCAUUCACGCAAAUGCCAAACACAAAUAAAUAGACCAAUAUGGCUGAAACGUGGUGUGCCUUUUUUCCAAAGAUGCUGCUAACUAAACAUGACCUAACGAGCCGGUGGUGCCAUCUCUCGGACUUCGCACGGACUUUUCAAACGCCCUUCGUACUUCCUGCCAGAAAUGCUGAUCCAGAGAGAUAUUGAGGUGAACUUGUGUGAUGUUUCGAAGGUUGGAUGUGAGGUACUGGCGGAAGCAAGGACGAGAGGCCGGGUCGAGAGUUGAUUGGAUAGCUCAGUCGAUAGAGCAACGGCCCAAUAAACGAAAAUGUUCCAGACUCAAGUCCCAAGCCGGCACAUAGUUUCAAUUCACCAUGAAGUUUUAAAUCAGCUUACACUUCACUGCAAAGUGAGGAUUCAUUUUGGAAAUACAGCGUGAUUUUUCUCGUGGACCCCGGUACUUAAAGAAUAGUAACGAGUUUGCCAGAAGAAUUUUAAGUUCGAUUUCUAAAAAGCAGUUUAUACCAACAGACAACUGCUUCCUCUUAUGUUAAACAUCAAAUGUUGAAAGGUCCUCUAUUCAACAAUUCUCUCCACGAAGCAAAAACAUAAUGUCGACCUGGGCACAUUUAAACUUUCUCCCUGUUUCUAUGUGGCAAACAACAAAAGCGUUUCAAACUGAAAAUUUGUAACAACAUUGUUCAAUACCGAUUUGUCAGUUGCUGGAAAGUUUUUGUUUUAGGCACUUGAUCUAAAUGUACCUGAUAAACGUAAUUACCAUUUCAUGUUCCAGUAAUGGUUCAAAUGGCUCUGAGCACUAUGGGACUUAACAUCUGAGGUCAUCAGUCCCCUAGAACUUAGAACUACUUAAACCUAACUAACUUAGGGACAUCACACACAUCCAUGCCCGAGGCAGGAUUCGAACCUGCGACCGUAGCGGUCGCGCGGUUCCGCACUGAAGCGCCUAGAACCGCUCGGCCACAACGGCCAGCCCAUGUUCCAGAAGUCUCGGUAGUUAACUAUAGCUAAACUAGUUACACAGUGGUUAAUUUAUACAGUACACGCGUAUUCCAAAUGCAUCUAGUAGCUGUGACGAUCAUACGUUUGAAUAUCGCUUAUAUGUGGGGCUGGUAUAAAUCUUACAAUUAUGUUAGAAAAGCGAAAAUUACCAUAAUAUGAGAGCUUGCUUCCGAACAGGUAAACGGCAAUCCAACGACGCAACCUGUCUUUCUGAAGUGCGACGAAGCACCAGACAGGGUUUUACAUGACCUGACAAAAGCAAAUCACUAUUUACCUCAGUAAACAACUAACUGUCGUAGCGCACUAUUCUUGCAUGAGAAUUUUUCGACCUUGAACGGUGUCCGUGCUCAGUGACAAGUUCCACGAAAGUUACCCAAGUCAUUGCAAGUAGAAGAGGAAGAAAGGCGGGUCCACUGCGCAGCAUCACGGGAAACGAUAUGCAGAGAAGCAUUUAUCAGUGAAACGAAUGAAUGCAGACUUUUGUGGAAACAAAUCCGUCCUACUUUCAAAGCUACUAUCACUACCUUGAAAAUCAACGAAGUACACAAAUUUUACCGCAUCAGACUAGAUUAUUUCGUCUCAGGCUUGUACGAGAGAUUUUCCAGUAGAACUUAAGAACUUGUCUGUAGCAAACUGCUCAUCUACUUUCAUUGAGGAUAUCGGUGAGAAUGGAGCGUCAGUUAAAGGCCGGAGAAUGGCGCACUAGUAAGCCAUGAAAAAUAGUGCCGCAGUAACGCGAGCAGUACCGUUUCUUUUCUGAGAGAUCUCGCUUAACGGUGUACUGCGUAUGAGGUAGCAGCAUUUAGUACUCACAUCAGAUGUCGCACGAUGUCAUAUUUAUGAGAUUCCUACGGCACAGUACUUCAUCUUGGGUAACAAGCGUACAUAAACUGCUAUAUUUUCUUCAGGAGUCAAACAAUACAGACAACCUACUCCAGUUGUACAAUUGUGUUAAGAAUUUGAUACAUUUACUGCUGAUUUAUUUGUAACUAUU